ACAUUAGAGUGUGACACUACUCAAACAACGUGACCUUCUCUUAAUGUUGGACAAACGUGGACGUCUCGACAAGUGGACAAAAACAAUACUUAAGACGCAAGAUGCAGGUGUUACAUCUUCAUGACGGUGUGAAACGGAGAGGACCGCGUUGAUGACACCUUCCGUUCCGGUUAAACUCUUGAAGACACAGCGGCAGUCUAGAAGUGACCGGCUAUAGUUCCUCUUCUCAGUACUUCAGUACCUCGCUGCAGUUUAGUACAUUUCUACCGCGAUGUUACGGCUCUUCACUAACCAGGGCUGUUAUGAACUGUGGAGAGGCAGUCUCUUUUUGGCAUCCUGUGUUACCAAGAGGCAGGUCAGAGCUUCUCUUCUAGUCAGCAGCGCCGGCCGUCAGCGACCACACGUUUCUGUUGGACACGUCAGUACUGGGAUCUCUCUGUGUAAGGAUGCCCUCCAGCCAAACAGAGAUAAACCAGAGGAAACACAGACACUAGAUCUGGACAAAUGGAAAUCUGUAAUGAGAGCCAAAGCGGCAUCAGAAGAGAGACAGCAAAGCAAUGAGGAUGAGGAAGCAAGUGGUGCUGAUGAGAGCCUUAAAGAACCAGAUGGUGACUCAAAGGACAGUUCUCCACUGGAGGCAACUCGCGAUCUGGUUGCAAUGUGGCGCGAAGCUGGGAAGCUUGUACCUCAAGAGAUGACCAAUGAACAGGUUCAGACGCUGGCAGGGCUCACCACCAAGGCCUCCAGGAAGAAGUACCUGAAGUACCUGGCCAUCAAGGAGGGCCACAAAAGGGCCCAUAAGGAGAAGCAGAAGCAGAAGAAGGCAGUGAGGGAGGCCUUAAUAGAGCAGAGCAGAGGAGGGGACAGUGACACAGAGGAAGAGAGAGGACCUGCACUUAAAAACACAUAUCUCCUCCAGUUCUGGGACCGCUCCCUGGACAAGCACCUGGCCUGGAAGAGCGCCCAGGCCAUGCAGUUAGGUCAGCCGCUGGUGUUUGACAUGAGCUAUGAGUCAGUCAUGGCCAGGCGGGAGUUGGAGAACACCGUGUCCCAGCUGAUGGAGGUGGAAGGGUGUAAUCGGCGAGCCACCGAGCCCUACCACCUCCACUUUUGCAACCUGCAGGCAGGCGGAGCCUACAAGAAGGAGCUGGUCAAACGAUACGGCGCAGAAGUCUGGGACCGCCUGAUGAUCACCAGCACUGACCAACAGCACGUGGAUCGGUUCCCCCGCGAACAGCUCGUAUACCUCAGUGCUGACUCCCCCAACGUUCUCCGCACAUAUGACCACUCCAAAGUCUACAUCAUUGGAGCUCUAGUGGACCGGUCGAUCCAGUCGGGCUUGUCAAUGGCCAAUGCCAAGCGUCUGAAUCUGGCCACAGCCCGUUUACCGCUGGAUGAGUUCCUCCACUGGGAGAUGGGAGCCAAAAAUCUGACUCUGGACCAGAUGAUCCGCAUCAUGCUCACUCUCAAGGAGACGGGGAAAUGGGAGGAGGCGUUGAAGUUUGUGCCUAAGAGGAAGUAUGAUGGCUUCCACCAACAACAGACACAGAAAGUGAUUUCCAACAACAGAGGCACAGGAGUCACAAAUCACAGACCAAGACAGGAUGUUGACAGGCCGCCUAGAUCUGAAGAAAGAAAUAGUGAGAGGACAUUUAAAAACGAGGGCCAAAGUUUUUACAGGUCCAGUAAAGAGUCUGGGUUCAGCGGUAGAGACAGAAUUGCUGGACCGCCAAGUGACAGAGGAAACAAACCAGCUGCAACCAGAAUACGGACAUCAUUAAAGAGUAACAUAGAGGGAAGAAAAGGUGCAGGCAAAGGCAAGAUUUGGUGGGAUAGCGAGUGAAGUCCGCAAAAAUUGUAACUUGGGAAAAUAAGGUAAAAAAAAAAAAUGUCAAAAUACAGCGCUGAAUAAAGUUUUGUAAAAAGUAG